AUGAGAAAUUUGGUAAUUCUUGGAGAGGGUCGAAUAGAAUUCAGAUCAAGAUACUAUCCUGACCUAGAAGUGAGGGAUAGUCUAUUCGAUAGUACAAAUGAUGCUAUAACAUGUCUUUUGUCAACGUCAUGUGAGGCUGUAUAUGAAGUGCAGCAAGUGGGAAAGGACAGAGGAACGAAAGUGUUAUGCUUCUUCGAGAACCCGUGCAAUGGAUCCAAGUUAAUCUGCUUCAAGCAAUUCGCAGAAACUAACACUCUCAUUUUUAUAUUUGAGAAUGGUGAUGUAGUUGCUGCGCUGAUUCAUGAGGAAGCUGGUGAAGAUUUCUCCUUGGAGAUUGUCGGUCUGUUGGACACAAAAUUGAAAGCUGCGGAGUGGUCUCCAGAUGAAGAAAUUCUUGUGUUGAUCACAUACACCUCUAAAAUGAUUCUUCUCUCGAGAUCUUUUGAACCAAUCUUAGAGUUACAACUUGAUGCAAUGGAUGCCGAUGAAGUUGCUGUUUCUAAUGUAUCAGUGGGCUGGGGAAAGAAGGAAACCCAGUUUCAAGGACGUGGAUUUAAGGCGCUUGAAAGGGAGCGUGAAGCUCUCAAGUAUGCUGGUUUGGACUUGCAGGAGGCGUCAGAGUUACGCGAUCCCACGGUGAAAGCAGAGGAAAAGGGUGAUCACUCUCGUUGGGAUGACGGGAAAGUUUAUAUCGCCUGGAGGGACGACUGCAAUGUGUUUGCUGUCUCACUCAGAAGAGACGAAGAAUCCGAACAAGGAAGGCGUCUUAUUCGCUUUUUCAGUAGGGAUGGAAACCUUGAGGCAAUCUCUGAAGCCGUCGAUGGUCUACAGGUACCAUUGUGUUGGAAGUCACAAGGAAAUUUGCUCGCCGCGCUGAGAGAAGUGCUUGUGGACGGGAUUUCGAAGCAUUCAGAAAUUAUCUUUUUUGAAAGGAACGGACUUCGACAUGGUGAGUUCCUGAUUCUAAAUCAAAGGAUCAUUGAUAUUUCAUGGUCAUGUGAUGGAGGCAUCCUAGCAAUACUUUAUCAUGACAGAGCACAAUUCUGGACGACUAAAAAUUACCAUUGGUACUUGAAGCAAGAAAUUAAAGCAGAUGGAGAGGAACUGUUCACUUCUGUAAGGUUUCACCCUGAAAAGGCCUUCACCGUUAUUUUGACAUUGAUGCUGCAUCUGAUCAAGGUAUUGACAUUCGCCAGCGUAAUCUGUGAUGGUCCUUCGGUAAGGGGGUUGGAUGAGGGAAUCGUGAAUGUCAUUGACGGCUCUAAAGUCAAGCUAACAGCUCUUGCAAUUGCGAAUAUUCCUCCACCAAUGAGUAUGGCUGAAUUUGAAUUUCUGCUGCCAGUGAGGUCGGUCGCAAUUGAUCAGAGCACCUCAAGCAUCUAUGCAUUGACGAACACCAAGGUAAUCUUCGGAAUUAUGGAUCUUCAACUACUGGAAGCACAUUCUAUGAAAAGUUUAGAUAUUCGUCCCGUCCAAUCCGUGGUCUCAAAACUUAAUCCAAAGCAACUUUGUGCAAUCGCUGGUGUUCUUUUCGUUUUAUCGGACAGUGUUGAAACCUCAUUUAUUCAAGCCCUUGACCCCACGGACGGCGCAGUUCGUUUCGAACAUAAAUUACCUUCCAAGGCUGUGAUAAUGAAACCUAUGGUAGACUCCAAGGCUGCCUUGGUCGAGUUGUAUGAUGGGUCGUUGCUCGCUUUUGACGGACAAGGAGAGCUCAAUGGCAUCAAGAGCUUUUCUCAAUUAUGCCUCCAGAUGGAAGGAAUAAAAUUCGAAAGCCAAGAUGGAAGUACUCUCAUGGCUUUUGGUUUGUCAGAUAGCGGAAAGCUAUUCUGUGGUAAUAGACUUUUGGCCAAUGGGGUGACUUCGAUUAAACUCACUGACCAGUUUCUUUGUAUUACUACCGCACAAUCUAAGCUAGUUUUCGUGCACUUAGAAAACUUAUUGACGGCGGACUUGUCAUACAUUACUCAAGGAGACUUGAACGACGAGAGAACCCGUGAUAUCGAGCGUGGAUCAAUGUUGGUGACAGCUAUUCCGUCUAAAUACUCCGUCGUUUUGCAGGCCCUGCGUGGUAACCUUGAGACAGUUUUCCCACGUAUUAUGGUGCUACAAGCCGUGCGCACUUUCAUAAGGAAAAUGCGCUACCUUGAAGCCUUCAAAGCUUGUCGAACCCAUAGAAUCGACUUGGAUAUUCUUCACGACUUUGACCCGACUGCUUUCGAGAAAAAUGUCGCACUAUUCAUCAAUCAAAUCAAGGAAGUGGAGUAUCUUGAUCUCUUUGUGUCUUGUCUACAUGGGAGUGAUGUAACAGAAAACAAAUACUCUGACACUCUCAAAUGUGAAGAGAAACGCAAUGAUGCGAACACGAAUUACCUAAAUCAAGAGCAGCUCGAUGGCAAUAAAGUCAACAAAAUUUGCGAAAUUAUUUUGAAGGAGGUUUCUCGAGAUGUUUAUUCUGAUACUUAUUUACAGGUUCAGAUUACUGCACUUGCAUGUCAAAGGCCUCCGCAAGAUAAGGGUGCUCUUGAACUUGUUUCAGGCAUAGCUGACACGACCGCUCAGGAUCAUGCUUUGACACAUCUCUGCUACCUCAGAGAAGCUCUCAAAUUAUAUGAUGAAGCAUUGGGCAUUUAUGAUGUGGAUCUUGCACUUAAGGUCGCACAGAAAUCACAAAUGGACCCCAAGGAAUAUCUUCCGUUCCUUCAAACGUUGUAUGAUGCUUCGCUGGCAAGAAGAAACUUUUUGAUCGAUGAUCAUUUGAAGCUUCACGAAAAAGCGCUUUCAUGGUUAUUCCAAUUAGCAGAUGAAUCUUUUGAGGAAUUUGAGACUUACAUGAUUUCUCAUAAUCUUUAUUGUACAGCAUUACGUCUCACAAAGCAUAUUGAGCUGACUCGUAAUCUGAUACUAAAACAUUUUGCAAUACACCUUGCUAAUACAAGGGAUUUUGCAGAAGCCGCUAGACUCUUUGAAUUUCUUGAUGAGAGUCAAAUGGCUAUGGAUAAUUUCGUUAAAGCCAAACUUUGGAAGGAGGCAUUGUCAAUUGCAAAGAAAAUCAAAAAUAUUGAAGAAUAUCAAGCGGUUGCCCAAACGCUUGCGAUCGAGCUAGAGGACGACCGUAACUAUGCAGACGCUGCUACGAUACAACUGAACUUUUUAGAUAAUAAGGCUCAUGCUGUCAAAUUAUAUUGCAAAGCCUUUGACUUUGAUACAGCAUUGCUCACCGCGAGGGUUGCCAAUUCAGAAUCGAUGGAAAAUACCUUCACUGAGGAGGUCAAAGAGUCAUUUGGAAUAAUGUCAGAGCUCCUUGCGGAUUGUAAUGGUCAGCUCAAUUCACAACUUAACAGACUUCGAGAGAUCAGAAAGAAAAGAGAAGUUGAUCCGGUUAAUUUCUAUGGCUCUAACGGUUCUAUUAUGGAUGCCCGGAUGAUGUCUCGGUGGCUCCGUCAGAUGCUUCUACCACUCAAUCCUUCUUUACCAGGUAUACCGGCAAAACAGUCCAGAAGGACACUGAAAAAUAGGAAGCGAGAAGAGCGUAAGCGUGCGAAGGGUAGGAAGGGCACCGUUUACGAAGAGGAGUAUCUUAUUAGAUCUGUGGGAAGAUUAGUAGAAAGGUUGGACUCGAGCAUCAAUGAUGCCGAAAAGUUAGUGAAUACCUUAUUGCGGAGAAGUAUGUGGGAAGAGGCUCAUCAAAUUUGGCGCCUGUGGAACAUUGUGACGGAUUUUUUGGAGCAAAACAUCAAGGAAAUCCAUGAGGUAGCAAGCAGUGAUAGAGAAAGAAUCGACGAGAACGGCCAGAUAUAUUUAGCACCAGAGAUUCCUAUUCCGGUGAUCCGUCGCUUUCCACGCUUCCAGGCAUUGGAUUUUUGA